UGCAGCUCUGCUCCUCCCGCCAUGGGACGCUCCUGGAAGGAACGGGUCUUCAUAGCCCUCUUGGGGAUUGCAGCAGCCUCUGGUCUCACCAUGCUCAUCCUCAUCCUGGUGAAGGCAACCGAUGUCUUCCUGCCUGCAGACACCAAGUUUGGGAUCGUGUUUGACGCCGGCUCCUCCCACACAUCCCUGUUUGUGUACCAGUGGCCAGCAAACAAGGAGAAGGACACAGGAGUGGUCAGCCAGGCCCUGACUUGCCAGAUAGAAGGACCUGGGAUCGCUUCCUACACCUCUGACCCGACACAGGCUGGGGAAAGCCUGAAGAGCUGCCUGGAAGAGGCACUGGCUUUGAUCCCACAGACCCAGCACCAAGAGACACCCACAUUCUUGGGGGCCACUGCAGGAAUGAGGCUGCUCAGCCGGAAGAACAGCUCUCAGGCGAGAGACAUCCUAGCUGCAGUCUCCCAGACACUGAGCAACUCUCCUGUGGAUUUUUGGGGUGCCAAGAUCCUGGCUGGGCAAGAUGAAGGUGCCUUUGGUUGGAUCACCAUCAACUAUGUCCUGGGAAUGCUUCUCAAGUAUUCCUCUGGACAGUGGAUCCUGCCUGAAGAGAGGACACUGGUUGGUGCUCUGGAUCUCGGUGGGGCCUCCACCCAGAUCAGCUUCGUGCCUCAGGGCCCCAUCCUGGACCAGAGCACCCAGGCUACCUUCCGUCUGUACGGUGCCAACUACAGUAUCUAUACACACAGCUACCUCUGCUUCGGGCGGGACCAGGUCCUGACAAGGCUCCUGGCUCAGCUGGCACAGGUUAGGCUGAACAGCUCGGUAGCCCUGGUCAGACACCCAUGCUACCAUAGCGGCUACCAGGCCACACUACCACUGGCUCCUCUGCAUGAGUCGCCCUGUGUCCACACUACAGAUUCCCUGAACCUCACCCAGAACCUCACAGUUGAAGGGAUCGGCAACCCUGGGGAAUGUGUGGCAGCCCUCCGAAGUCUCUUCAACUUCUCCAGCUGUAAGGACCAAGAAGACUGUGCUUUCAAUGGAGUGUACCAGCCUCCUGUGCAUGGCCAGUUCUAUGCAUUUUCCAACUUUUACUACACUUUCAACUUCCUGAACCUCACCUCCAGGCAGCCGCUGCACAUUGUCAAUGAUACUGUCUGGAAGUUCUGUCAGAAACCCUGGAAACUGGUGGAAGCCAGCUACCCCGGGCAGGAACGCUGGCUACGGGACUACUGUGCCUCAGGCAUGUACAUCCUUGUAUUGCUGCUGGAGGGCUACAAAUUCAGCGAGGAGACCUGGCCCAGCAUCCAGUUCCAGAAGCAGGCAGGUGGCGUGGACAUUGGCUGGACCCUGGGCUACAUGCUGAACCUUACAGGCAUGAUUCCAGCUGAGGCACUGACCCAGUGGCGGGCUCAGAGCUACAGCAUCUGGAUGGCUGGAGUAGUAUUCGCAGUGCUGACUCUCGUGGCCAUUCUAGGAGCAGCCGCUGUCCAGCUCUUCUGGACCCAGGACUAGGUAAAACCAAGCUGAAAUAGAUCACGGACCACAAGGCAUCUAAAGCAGGGACCAUGUUGGGAUUCGACAGCAGCAACAUAACUGUUUGUGUUGUCUACAUUGUGAGCUACUAUCAACUGUCCUUAGGAAAGAAAGCCGUUGGCACACGGGACCUGCUGGGCACAUCCUGGAUGUCUGCCCUCAUGAACCCCUGGCCCUUAAGGGCUCCAGUCCAUUGAGCAGACCAAUUCCUGAUAGUACGGACUCCCGUCUGCCCUCCGGGUGGCACUGGCUAUGGGGUCUGUAGUCUUCCAAGGGGUGGAAAGAGGAGGGUCUCCGGGAGGGGCAGCUGUUGAACUAGGGCUACCUCCGAAGGCUGUGACCAGCCCAGCAGAGACCCCUGCUUCCUCACUAGAAUCAGACUGGGACAGACAGUCAGAAUCCAGGUCUGGGGGCCAGUCCGGCUCCCCUCUCCCAAGAACGUUUGGUUGGAUCCCCUUUAUCAUCAAUCCUAGAAGACAGGCCAUAUAGGGGGAUAGUUUUUGUUUGUUUGUUUGUUUAAAUUAAAACUGGUCUUGUCACAAUA